CAGACAAUACCAAUAAUGAAAACCUAUCACUAAUCCCCACCACAAACACACACACACAAAAAAAAAAAGAUUAUUGAUUUCAUUUCCCCAAUUAAACCCUCGUCCUGCUGCUUAUCCUUCUUCGUCCAGAGACGGAAAAAAAAACACAAAUUAAUGGCGGCUGAAUAUUCCGGUAGCCGAAGUUCCAACACACAGCUUCUCGCUGAACUCGAAGCCCUAAGUGAAAAUCUUUACCAGAAACCUCAGGCUCCAGUUGGUCGCAGAACUAACUCUCUCGCUCUCCCUCGCAGCUCCGUUCCGUCCCUCGUGACCUCUGCCGAGGAUGUGACGGUACCGAAACCACGGUCUCGGCGUUUGUCUCUGUCUCCAUGGCGGUCGAGACCCAAGCUUGAGGCAGAGGAGGAAGAGAAUAUGACUCAGAAGAUAAGCAUCAAGACACCAGAAGAGUCUUCAUUGGUGGGAUCCAAAGCCAAGGAAGAGAGAAAAGGGAUAUGGAACUGGAAACCCAUUCGCGGGCUGGCCCGAAUCGGAAUGCAGAAGCUGAGCUGUUUGUUGUCGGUCGAGGUCGUGGCGGCCCAGAAUCUACCGGCGUCGAUGAACGGUCUACGACUCGGGGUUUGCGUGAGGAAGAAGGAAACCAAAGAUGGCGCUGUCCAGACGAUGCCGUGUCGGGUUUCUCAAGGAUCUGCCGAUUUCGAGGAGACGCUGUUCAUCAAGUGCCACGUGUACUACUCGCCGGCUAAUGGGAAAGGUGCUCCGGCGAAGUUUGAGGCUCGGCCGUUUUUGGUUUAUCUAUUCGCGGUGGAUGCUAAGGAGCUUGAGUUUGGAAGGAACAUGGUGGAUUUGAGCGAUUUAAUCCAGGAAUCUGUGGAGAAGAUGAGUUAUGAAGGAGCUAGGGUUAGGCAAUGGGAUAUGAGCUGGGGGCUUUCAGGUAAAGCCAAAGGGGGUGAACUGGUUCUCAAAUUAGGGUUUCAGAUCAUGGAAAAAGAUGGUGGAGCUGGCAUUUACGGUAAACAAGGUGAAUUAGGGAUUAAACCGAGCAGCAAACCGAAGCAUUUCUCCGGUUCCUUUGGGCGAAAGCAAUCAAAAACUUCGUUCAGUGUCCCGAGCCCAAAGAUGACUAGCCAGAGCCAGACAUGGACGCCAGCAAGUGGCGUGGAGGCUGCGUCUGAUCUUCAAAGAAUUGAGCAUCUGAAUCUGGAUGAACCGGAGGAGAAACCAGCUCCGAAAACAGAGGAACCAGAACAGAGAGUUGAAGAAGAUGAUCAAGAGCCUGAUUUUGAGGUUGUUGACAAAGGAGAAGACCAAGAACCUGAAUUUGAAGUUGUGGACAAAGGAGUCGAGUUUGAUGACGACAUGGAAACUGAGAAAUCAGAUGGAACCAUAGGUGAGAGAUCCUUUGAGAUGAAGGAGCAACAUGUUAAUGUUGAUGAUCCACGGCACAUGAUAAGACUAACGGAGUUAGAUUCUAUUGCAAAGCAGAUCAAAGCGCUUGAAUCUAUGAUGAAAGAUGAUAGUAACGGUGCUGAAGGUGAGGAGUCACCAAGGCUCGAUGAAGAGGAGCAGACUGUGACAAAGGAGUUCCUUCAGUUACUUGAGGAUGAAGAAUCCGAGAAUCUCAAAUUCUACCAGCACAAAAUGGAGAUCUCCGAGCUGCGAUCUGGCGAAUCAGCAGGCGAAGAAUCUGACAAUUACCUCUCAGAUCUUGGGAAAGGCAUCGGUUGUGUUGUUCAGACAAGGGACGGCGGAUACUUAGUUUCUAUGAACCCUUUUGAUACGGUGGUCAUGAGGAAGGACACUCCUAAGCUCGUAAUGCAAAUCUCGAAACAGAUCGUGGUACUACCUGAAGCCGGAUCAGCGACUGGAUUCGAAUUGUUUCAUAGAAUGGCGGGUUCGGGUAAGGAACUUGACUCAAAGAUAUGUUUGCUUAUGGCGAUGGACGAGCUUAUGGGGAAAACAGGGGAACAAGUGGCUUUCGAAGGUAUAGCGUCAGCGAUCAUACAAGGGAGGAACAAAGAGCGAGCGAACACAAGCGCAGCGCGAACUGUUGCGGCUGUUAAAACGAUGGCUAACGCUAUGAACAGCGGAAGAAGAGAGAGGAUAAUGACAGGAAUCUGGAACGUGGAGGAGAAUCCAUUGGCUUCAGCUGAGGAGGUUUUAGCUGUUUCUUUACAGAAACUUGAAGAGAUAGUGAUCGAAGGACUAAAGAUUCAAGCUGAUAUGGUGGAGGAUGAUGCUCCUUUUGAGGUUUCCGCUGCCAAAGGCCAGCCAAAUCCACUUGAGUCGACCAUCCCGCUCGACGAGUGGCUCAAGGAGAAUCGCAAGCAGAAAACGUUGACCGUUUUUGCGACAGUGCAGCUCCGGGACCCAACAAGGAGAUAUGAGGCAGUGGGAGGGACAGUUGUCGUGGCGGUGCAGGCUGAAGAUCAGGAGGAUGGACUAAAAGUGGGAAGCUUGCACGUUGGGGGAGUGAAGAGCAAUGGGGCGGAGAAGCGAAGGUUGACUGCGGCGCAGUGGCUUGUGGAGUAUGGUAUGGGUAAGAAAGGUAAGAAGAAGAGUAAUGUUAAGAGGAAGGAGAAAGAAGAAGAAGAUGAAGAAUUGUUGUGGAGCUUGUCGUCUAGAGUUAUGGCGGAUAUGUGGCUAAAAUCUAUAAGGAACCCUGAUGUGAAGUUGCACAGUUGAGGUUGAGAAUUUCACAUUACAGAAUAAGAUGCAUAUGUACAAAAGGUUAUUUUCGCUUUGUUAUUUAUAGCUAUUUGAGCAGAACUUGUCUACUCUCUAAAUUUGAUCGUUCUUUGUCAAUUGGUAAAGACUACGGGUGGGCACUUCGGUUAUUUUCUCGGUUCCGGUUCGGUU